CGUACGUGGAAUAUUGAAAAUGAAGUAUCAAAUUGCAGUCUUAUUAAUUGCACUACAGACUCUCGGUGUGUUUGGAAAAAAUGUGCGAAUUAUUGGCGGCCAAGAUGCAGAUGUUCGAGCAUAUCCAUUUAUUGCAUCAUUUAAACAUGUCGGGAAUCCAAAUACUUUUUGUGGUGGUGCAAUAAUAAGCAAUAUGCACAUAGUUACCACAGCUCAAUGUCUUUACGGUGAACCAAAUAAUUAUAGACUCGUUAGAGUUUAUACAGGCAUAUCUACUUCAGAUCCUAAUGCAGGAACUUCGCAUGAAAUUCAACGGGUGUUCAUUAAUCGUAGAUUUAUAAAUAAGGGUAAUCGCGAUGAAAUGUAUUUAAAUGACAUCGCAGUCGUCAAGCUGAAGCAAGCAAUUCAAUUUAAUGAAUUCCAAAGCGCUAUCGAACUAUUAGACAGAGAUGUUGCUGAGAAUGAAAGCGGAUUUGUUUUAGGAUGGGGAUCAACGAGUUACCCAGAAAAUUCAUAUCCUUCACAGAUGCAAAAAGCCCAAAUGAAUAUUCUUCCAGCAAGAUCUUAUUCUUCAUUCUUUUAUUUUAUUCUACACGAUACUCAGUUCGCGGCGUUGGACAAACAAGGAGUCGGACCAUGCACGGGCGAUGGCGGAGAUCCGUUUAUCAUUGAUGGAAAACUCGCAGGUUUAGCAUCAAUUAUUUAUCCUUGUGCUCAAGGUUUACCUGAUAUAUAUACAAAAAUGUAUUAUUACAUCGAUUAUAUCAACAACAUGAUGAGUAUUUAAGCCCCACUACUUUGAUUUUGUAAUACUCCAUUAAUUAUAUUGACAUGUACAUAACUUUAACAUCGAAUAUUACAUGGCAAUCUUUAUUAAUUUGAUAUUUUAUAGUACAUUAUACCUCAA